CUUUGCACCUUGUUAGUCGAGGCUGAGCGCAAAAGCCUCUAAUUACGAGCACAGUGCAACAAACAAGUUUUAUUGGUAGCCGAACCUAUGUUAAUAUAAGCCGAUAUGGUAGGCGAACUAACAAAAGGUCCGUCGAUAUGAAAGUGGAAGAUAUUAAGUGGUACAGUCCUUUGGAGUUCUUUGUUGGAGCUAUUUUUAGUUUUGCUGAUCCCAUCACCGACAUAUUCACACUGAUGGAAUUCUAUCGCACGGAUCACAAGACAUGGUUUGGCGUGGGGCUUGCUUUCGUUCUUUUUCCGUGUUUGGUGUUUCCAGUAUUGUUCUUUCAUAUCCGCCUUGAUGACGCUAAUAAUUUACCUUCACGAUAUGCAAAAACUGCUUUUUGUGCAUUCCAUCCAUUUUCAGCAGCCUUCGCAAGAAUUGAAGCUUCGAUCUUCUGUCUCAAGAUACGGUGGUUUGGAAGUGAUGAAAUCGACAAGGAUGCCUCUGACAAAGCUGAAAAUUUACUCGAUCAUAUUGCUUUUGCUGUGCUCUUUGAGGCAGUCCUUGAGUCCGCCCCGCAAUUUAUAAUCCAGUUGUACGCCAUGAGUGUUCAAGAGGAACCAGUUGCAUAUAUUCAAAUGAUUUCUUUACCUGUCUCUUUCUUCACUCUGGCCUGGGCUUUCACAGCCACUGAUGAGGACAUUCUCAUCCGAUACGACAUAAUAUCAAGUGGCAGUGAACUGAAAGUAAAACACAAAGUUGCAUUGUAUACAACUCAAUUACUUCUCCUGAGCAGUCGAUUGUUCGCCAUCUGUUAUUUCACCGUCAGCUACAAGUGGUGGGUUAUUAGCGUGUUAUCACUUCAUUCUUUUGCUGUGGUAGUAGCGAUUCUUUAUCUGAAUGGAGAAGGAUGGACUGUAAAACAUGCCCUUUUUAUGAUAUUCUUUAUGGGAAUUCACUGUCUGAGAGAUGAUGCUUCGAUUCUCUUCUUCGAUGAAAGCACAGAAUUAAAUUAUUUAUUACGUCAAAACUUGGUACUGUUUACCUGUCACUGUCUGUGUGUGUGUGAUCAGUGUUGUUGGCUCCACAAUGAGAACUGUUUUACUUUAUUGGCUAUGGAAGAAAGCUACCGACGGUUCACAAGCGGCGAACAGCAGUGACGCGAACGGCAGUAAUGUAAAUACAUUAGUUGAUUAGUGUUGCAUUAGCUUCGUCUAAUGUAGUAAUUCGUUUAUAUUUAGCUUGUAGCCGUACUAGUUGAAUUUUUGAGGUCCCAAGUUAUUUAGGUUAAAGCUAUCGAGCCAGAAAGUAUUUCAAUUGUAACCGUCUUGUUUAAUUUCCAUUAUUGUACGUGUUUAGUUUUUUCUCCUACUAACCUCACCUUUGAGCCUCACGAAAGUUUUUGUUUUGGCUUACGCAGUCAGCGAUUGAUUCAUUUGAUCAGAAGCAUUAGUACAUUGUUGUUUGUAUGUGAAAUUCUUGUAAAUUAAAAUAUUUGGGUUGGUGUUCUAAAAACAGAAAGUGUUAAUCUUCCAAAGUCAGUUGACCAGCAUGUCCACUCAUGCCUAUCGAUAGCCAAUAUAUAAGUAUAUACUUUACAGUUGGCUUAGUAGAAGUAGGCAUUAAGUCAGAAGUAAGUAGUCAGUGGGAAAUAGAGGAAUGCGAUUCAGAGUGUAAGCAUAAAAAUAGAUUUAUCAGAGUAUUACUCAAACGUGAGUAGUUUUAAAGUUAUGAAAAAUCAUGAUGAUUUUACUAAACUGGUAGAUAUCUUAAUCAGUUUAGGGUUUUCACUUAUUUUCAUAUGUCAGUAAAAGACUCUAAUUCAGCGGGCACAUAAGAUGUGACAAAUACUUUUAAAUUUGUUACUCAAGCGGUAGAAGGAAGAAUAUAGAUACAUGACAGGCAGCGAGUAAUGG